AUGCUUUUUCGCGACCUGGGCGUCUGUCCGGAGCUUCUGGACGCCUUGGAAAGAAUCGGUUGGCUUGAACCCACAGCAAUACAGAAGGAGAUGCUCACCGUUGUCUCCCACAACAAGGCCUGCGACGUUGUCGGGGUGGCAGAAACGGGAAGCGGCAAGACGGGAGCGUUCGCCAUCCCAGCCCUUCAAGACUUACUUGAGCGUGGAACCAACGUAAAGGGCGUUCACACGGUGGUCUUGUCUCCUACGCGGGAACUAGCUGUUCAAACGUUCUCUGUCUUUCGUGAUCUUGGAAAGGACUUCGGUCUUCGAACCGGCCUUGUUAUUGGGGGUGUUGACCUAAUGCAGCAGAGAAAAACACUUGCACAGCAGCCACACGUUUUAAUCUGCACUCCUGGGCGCUUAGUUGAUCACCUGGCGACCACAGAGGGGUUUUCACUUAAAAGCUUGCGGUUCUUGAUCAUUGACGAGGCCGAUAAAAUGCUGGAGCAGGACAUGGGAAGAGCUGUUUUGAAUCUUGCGAAGGACUGCCCCCAGAGACGUCGGACGUUUCUCUUUUCUGCCACCUUUCCAUCAGCCGUUCAGGCCCUGCAGAACGAGUGUACAGACCGAUCGCGCUUGGUGCACAUUCAGGUGGGAGUUCUCACGAAGGCUGCAUCGGAUGUGGAUGGUAGUACAAAUACCCAACUAGCCGUUGUCGAUAACGAGCUCCUGUCACACAAGAUGGUAGUCCUGCCUCACGCUGAAAAGCAGCUAGGGCUAGUAGUUCUUCUUAACAAUCACGCUGCUUGCCAAAUCAUGGUUUUCGCCACCAAGAUAUCCACAGUCACAAAGCUGGCCUUAAUGCUCACCACUCUGGGUUUCGAAGUCGGGGUUGUUCAUGGCAGUAUGGGACAGGACAAGCGUCUCGAGGAGCUUAACCGCUUUCGCCAGGGGGAGCACAAGAUCCUGCUCGCCUCCGACGUGGCCGGGCGCGGAAUAGACAUACCGAACGUCGAUUUGGUUAUUAAUUAUGACCUGCCAGUGGCAUCCAGAGAUUAUGUGCACAGAGCGGGCCGUACUGCGCGCGCGGGGCGGCGAGGAACCGCGCUCACGAUCGUGACACAGUACGACGUUGUGAACUUCAAACGAAUAGAGGCAAUGCUUGGAAUAAGAAUGGAGCCUUACACCCCAGAUUUCAGUGAAGCAGCGGGGCUGCGUUCGCAGGUGGAGGAGGCUAUUAGACAUGCAGAGAGAACCGCUCGCAGCAUUGGAUACACCAACCCCAACUCAGACGGGGGUGUGCCUCCCAUGGCAGGCAUAGCUGCUGGUCUCCGGCACCAGAGACGCACUGGAAAGAACCACAAGCACUAG